GGUGGUAAUGGAGGUGAUGGAGAAACAGAAGCAUCAGAGUUUCCUAGAACCAAUUUGGCAGCUUUUGGUGAACAAGAGAUAUGAAUUGGCAGUAGAAAAACUAUCGACUACUGUGAAGUGGAACUCAGGCAAUGAGAUACAUCCUUCCGAGAGACAUCCUUCCGAAUCAGAGAAUCUAAAAUUACAGUUCUUGGGCAGUAUCUCUCCACUGGUGUUCACUGGAAUUUCUAUUGCAGGAGAAAAAAACACCUUGCAGGUAGCUUUAGUCAAUGCUGUUACAGGGAAAGUUGUAACAUCUGGACCAGAAGCCUCAGCAAAGGUGGAAAUUGUUGUGGUUGAUGGAGAUUUUGAUGUUGAUGAAGGAGGAAGUUGGCCUCUGGAAGACUUCAACAGUAAAAUUGUAGGUGGCAAGGAAGGAAAAAAAUCACAGCUAGCUGGAAAUCCACACCUGAAUCUGAAAGAUGGCAUCGGUUCAGUAGAUACCAUUUCUGUCAAGCAUACUAGCGCCUGGUGGAGACGUGGUGAAUUCAGGCUUGGGGCAAGAGUAGUGGGUCAUUCUAGUGGGAUCAGAAUAAGAGAGGCAAAGACAGAACCCUUCAUUGUUAAGGAUCGCCGUGGAAUGAGCAAGAAGCUUUACACCCAAUCUCUAUCGGAUGAAGUAUGGCGACUAGAAAAUAUUGGCAAAGGAGGACCUUUCCACCAGCGUUUGACCAAAGAAAACAUCAUAACUGUGAAGGAUUUCUUGACCCAAUUUUUUUUGAACCCUGAAAGGCUUAGAGAAAUCCUUGGCAAGAGGAUGCCUGAUACGAGGUGGGAGACCACUGUGAACCAUGCCAAGAAAUGUAAACGUGAUACAAAGACGUAUUUAUACUAUCCUCCCAGUUCACAGCCAAAAAUUGGUGUCGUGUUUGAUUGUGUGGGACAAGUUAUGGGGUUAUAUUCGGAAUCGGAAUCCCUGCAUGUUCCCGUUGAUAAGCUCUCUGAGACUCAGAAGGCUCAUGCCCUCGAGUUGGUGGUAUCUGCAUUUAAGCACAGGGUAGAUGUUAUCCCCAUUGAUGAUUAUACUUCUCUUACUCAGCGCUCUUUGCCCUCAUCUGAAGGUGUUCACCCCAAUAACUCCAACGACCCAGAUUGGCCCAAUGUAUACGACUUUGGGACUUCUGCCAUGAAUGGUGCUUACAAUCCUACAAAUCCUGGUACAUCGUUUCAAGGUAGCAUUGUACCCACAUUUCCCAGUUGGCCAACAAAUAGUCCUGGGGUACAUGGCUUGCAGAACACUGGCAAUAUGGCCCCAGACACUGGCACCAACUUCUCAAGCUACGACACAGUGCCUCUCCAUUCUGAUGGGGACAUAGACAACUUGCUGAAUUUUCCGAAUUCUGAUCUUGAACUUGUUGAGAACCAUGGUUUGGAGUCACUUGCUGAUCAACAGACUGUCCAUGCUGCAGUUGUUCCUAGUGAAGACCCGGCGGAGAUGGGGCGAUAGCAUCCAAGGGUCUGGGAUGAUUGUUCAGGAUGAGAAAGCUUGUCAUUUUGAAAAAUAACAAUGGUGCUAAAAAGCAGAGACUCGACUAAUGUGCUGGCCAGAAUGAUUCAAUCAUAUCACAUACACAGUGCAAGCAACUGCUUCCCAUUCAUAGAUUGUGUGAAGUUAG